AUGGAAUGUUUCCGGCAGAUCGUUCGACUGGUCAAGUCCCCGUUUCAGCGCGACUCGAACCAGCACAAGGUUUUGGAAAUUGGACCCCCAACCAACUUCCGCAAGGAGGAGCUGCCGGCGUUUUUCUCCGAUGAUGACGCGCUGACCUUACAUAGCAAUGGCUCGGCAAACGAGAAGGAGGCAGUCAUCACAUCGGUGGAGCGUCAGCCGUCCACCCGGGACAAAAUCAAGAACCACGUCCGACGACUGAGCGUCAAAACCCAUCGCCCACUUCCCGAGCAAGAAGAAUAG